CUGCUGCAGUUUGCCGACGUAAACUAAACUGUGGCUUGAAGUAGAAGUUCCAGAGGGUGUUUGAGGGCAUCGCUAAAGCAGGACAGCCGACCCUCCUGAAUGAGAUCUACACAGAGCUGUACAUCACAGAGGGAGGGACUGCAGAGGUCAGUGAUGAACAUGAGGUCAGACAGAUUGAAGCAGCAGGAAGAGCAGAAGCAAGCAUCAGAGCAGAAGACAUCCUUAAAGGCUCAUCUGGAAGAGAUGGACCAUUCAGAACAGUGUUAACACAGAAGCUGACUCUGAACUGGGGUGAAGACAAAAGCAACCAGGACAUCUACUUCAUGUUUCCAUUGACUUUCAGAGAGCUGAAUGUCCCGAAAGAGAGAAAAUUGAGUUUGGUAGAACUUGUUCAUCACUUGAUGAGUAUCGCCUUCCUCUGGACUUCCACAACAAUGAGGUCCUGACUGAUGUUACAGAGUCCACCUCAGUGGAUGUGCUGCUGACAAACCUGAUCAGGGGGAAGCUGCUUCCCUCUGCUCACCUCUGGAUAACCACACGACCUGCAGCAGCCAAUCAGAUCCCUCCUGACUGUGUGGACAUGGUGAUGGAGGUCAGAGGGUUCACCGACCCACAGAAGGAGGAGUACUUCAGGAAGAGAUUCAGAAAUACGAAGCAGGCCAGCAGGAUCAUCUCCCACAUGAAGACAUCACGAAGCCUCCACAUCAUGUGCCACAUCCCAGUGUUCUGCUGGAUCACUGCUACAGUUCUAGAGGAGCUGCUGAGAGCCAGAGAGGGAGGAGAGCUGCCCAGAACCCUGACUGAGAUGUUCAUCCACCACCUGGUGGUUCAGGCCAAAGUCAAGAAGGUCAAGUAUGAUGGAGGAGCUGAGACAGAUCCACACUGGAGUCCAGACAGCAGGAAGAUGAUUGAGUCUCUGGGAAAACUGGCUUUUAAUCAGCUGCAGAGAGGAAACCUGAUCUUCUAUGAGUCCGACCUGACAGAGUGUGGCAUCAGUAUGAGAGCAGCCUCGGUGUACUCAGGAGUGUUCAUACAGAUCUUUAAAGAGGAAAGAGGGUUGUACCAGGACAAGGUGUUCUGCUUCGUCCAUGUGAGCGUUCAGGAGUUUCUGGCUGCUCUUUCUGUCCAUCCGGCCUUCAUCAACUCUGGACUCAACCUGCUGGAAGAACAAUAAACAACAUCCCAUUGGACUGAACUGUUCCAAAGUUAUUCAAUGGUUUUCUACCAGAGAGCUGUGGACGAGGCCUUACAGAGUCCAAACGGACACCUGGACUUGUUCCUGCACUUCCUCCUUGGCCUGUCACUGCCGACUAAUCAGAAUCUCUACGAGAUACCCAGUGGCGUGUACAGAUAGACACCAGGUGGUGCUAGAGCACCUGCCCCUUGCCCUCAGUAUCAAGCAGGUGCCCUCCAUGUCUCAACUUUUUUUUUUGAAAUUUAAACAUUAAACACACACAGAGGCACACACACACGACCCAUGCUGUGCCGUGCCAAACAUGAUUAAAUUGGCAAGUUGUGUUAAUGUCAAGAUGUGUUAAUUUGAAGUCAGCAUCGAAUCACAAAACCUACUGCUUUUCCCUUUGUAGGGUGAAACCUUCCACUAUAUUGUACAUCUGGACAAACGCCUGGGUUUUUAGUUUAUUUUUUCUCUGCUGUUUUUUGCUUUGUUACAAGUUUAUCAAAAUGAUUCACCCUUUGAAAAUGCAAAAAGCUUUAACUGGAGCUUCUUUCCUGAAGAUAUACAGCUGAUACGUCAAACUAAUCCUAUAUGUGAAGUUGUGUUUUUGUACCUACAUUCUGGUGUUUGCCCUGGUGUAUUAUGUGAUGUAUUGUUGCAGCCAUUUCAUCAUCAUUAAAUCCACUGGCCCAGAUGUGAGAUACACCAGAGCAUUAAUUUAGACUUUAAACGUAGGGUAACAUGAUUAAACUUUAUUUUUUUUAAGAAAAUGUUUGUUGGACAUCAAAAGGCAGUUGAAAUCCAUUUGCAAAUGCAUCAUAAUUGUACAGGUAUUUUACAAAUGCAUAAAACUGGUGAAUUCAAGAUUAAUACUGUAAAUAUUUUUCUAAAAUUAGAUACAGUUAGUGACAAUAGAAAAAUUAAAUAUCAGUUACAUAG